CAUACCUGUUGCCUCUAGACUCAGCAGCGUAACAUAAACGCAACCUCUGCAAGACACGUGCCUCGUCUCUUUCAUUCGGUUACCGACCUUCGCUCUGCUUUUUGGAUCCUCACCUGCAGAAUCAGCGCUUCAUCACUCUUCACUUCCAUUGAUUCAGAGAAAAAAAGGGAAGAAUUUCAGAAGAAUUUGUGGAACUUGGAGGAUUCAGCCCUACUGAGACUGUGAGACAGUAAAUGAACCUACUUAGGAAAACAAUGUGGAUCUAUUAAUGCACGCUUUUAUCUUUCAUGGAGAACAAAUCAGAUAAAAUGCUGCGUGAUAACAAGGAAAGCACUUCUGUGGACAAAGUAUUGGCUGACACCAAUCAUCCUGAGAUUGAUGACAAAGGUGUUCUGAAAAAUUUUACAAGAUCUUCACAGGAUGUCACAGAGACAAAGAUAAAUUGUCCAAAGGGUACACGUCCUGAGGAAAUUGAUGCAUCUGGGGAUGUAAACAUGGAGGCAUCCAUAACAGCUGAUGAUGUUAUUCGGGCUGGAGGAUUUGGUGCCAGGGAUGAUAUCAGUAGCUUUCUUCCUGUUGCAAGUGAUUCUACCGACUUUGAAGCUUCAAUCCGUGAUGCACGAGAUUAUGAAGAACCACAGGGUCAAGUUAGCAGGCCCGGCCUUGGCUGGACUGAUGCUACUAAGAGGGAAUGAAUAUUAUUAAGGUUAUAUGCACUAGGAUACGCUGCUUUUUGUUGCUUUUAGCUGGAAGGGCCAUGUGUUUCUGGCUAAUAUUAGAUGGUGCUUGUUAAAUUCAGUCAUAUGAUGCUGGUGAAAAUUUUGUUAGCAAUGUCACUAAAAGAUUUUCUUGUAAAAAUAGUUGAUCCGUUUGCUAGUGUUUGAUUUGCCCUUGUUUUCGGUCGGAUAAGAACUUAUCCUUGAAUUUUCUCAACCGUUUUAUCUGGA